GUUAAUUAUAUAUCAAAAUUUGGAAUAGUAUUAAAUGCAAUGUUUUAUUUUAAAUAAAAAUUUCAAGAAAAAUGCUAAAUUGAAAAUUUCUAAAAUGGAGAUAUUUGAAGUGAUUAAAAAAAAAAAAUUAAAUAUUCCACAUGAUUUGAAUUUAAUAAAACUUUGGGAAUUGGUAUCUCCUGUAGUUGUUGAAGAAAUUGCAGCAGAUUUUUUGCCUAUUCCAAAUUUAAUGGAUACAAAUGCCUUUGAAAUAGGUUAUAUAUUCGUACAAACUCAGGAACAGUCUAGUUGUUUUGGCAAUUCACCACUUCUCAGAGUACUUGGACCAAUUAAAAAUUAUGUCAAGAAAAAUGAAACUAAUCGUAAAUGGCUGACAAAACAAUUUCCAACUGAUAAACAAUUACCAGAAUAUAAGAAUUUUAAAAUAACCAUACAGCAUAAUAGUGAAGAAUUAUUGUUCGAGGGUCAGAAAUAUUAUUUUCUUAGUAAACCAGUUGAUAUGAUUGUAGAAAAAAAUGUUACAAUUAAUCGAAGAUCCGAUGAAGAUUUAUAUUAUGCUGAUUGGUUUGGUUUGAUUCGAGAUGUUAUGGUAACAGAAAUUUUUCAACUUAAAGCAGAAACUAAAGAUUCUGGUAGAACUAUGUACAUUGGCGAUAAACAUCACGUUAUUUUAUUUGAUUACGAACUUUAUAAAAUUGAUUCGAAGGGAAAACCCUAUUUUUCGUCAUGCAAUUUGCCAAACUUACCUUGGGAGAGUUUGCAGUGUCAGUGUCAAGACGGUCUACCUUUACCUCCAUUUUAUUAAUUACAAUAACUGUAAAAUAAAAUACAAAAAAAGGAAGAUUAAUUUUUAACUUAUUAAUUGAAAAUAUAGAAAAUGAAUCUUCAAUUUAAUAACAGUAAUAAAUAUGGAAAAUGAA